AAACUUGGGUUGGGACGUGGGCAUGGCGGAUGACUCUACUUGUCGCACACUAAGGCGUGUCCAAUAAAUCUUUUACCCAGGAUACUGCAGGCAAUUGGUUCCAAAGUUCAAGGGUAAAAAAUAUAGAGGAGCGGAGAGUCGAGUGGAGAGCCGGACGAGGACGAGGAAAGAAGUGUCAAGGUGACUCAAGUGAGAAAUUAUAAUUAAUAAGAAAAACAUAUCAGUCAUUGGUGUUGACAGGAACAAACACAGAAAAGACUAAAUAUGGCAGAAAGUACAAAAGGCUCCUCUGGUGAAUUUGCUAAAAAAGUCCAGAGAUCGCUGAGCAGAGGCAAAGAAAAGGUGCUGCAAAAGCUGGGAAAGGCUGUGGAGACCAAAGACGACCAGUUUGAAUCUUGUCUCCAGCAGUUCAACGACCAGCAGGCCGAUGGGAACCGAAUAUACAAGGACCUGAGGAGCUACAUCAAUGCAGUCAGAGACAUGCGUGAGGCUUCAAGACGCCUGUCCCAAUCUCUGUUUGAUGUUUAUGAGUCCGACUGGGCUGGAGAGGACGUUUUGGGAGCUAUUGUAGAGGGGGAGGACCUCCUGUGGAAUGACUACGAGGUGAAGCUCAUAGACCAGGCCGUACACACUAUGGAGUCCUAUGUGGGCCAGUUCCCAGAUGUCAAGGAGAAAAUCGCCAAGAGGGGACGAAAACUGGUCGACUAUGACUCUUCUCUUCACCAACUGGAGACAGCGCAAAACGCUAAGAAGAGGGACGACAUCAAGAUAACCAAGGCGCAGGAAGAAGUGAAGACUUCCAAAAAUGUCUACGAGCGGAUCAACACCGACCUGAAAGAGGAGCUCCCUGUACUGUUUGACAGCCGCAUUGGAUGCUACGUGACGGUCUUCUCAGCUGUGUCAAAUUUGCGAGAGAUCUUCUAUAAGGAAAUGCAAGGGCUCAAUCUCGAUCUGCAGAAUGUGUUGAAGGAGCUGCAGCUCCAGUAUCCAGACAAAACAUUUGCUGUGAAGGGACUCCAACGGUAUGGCUCACUGAAGAGACGAAGUCUGUUGUCUCCGAGGGCCUGGAGGUCCAGUUUUUCCGAUUUUCAUAAGAACUACAGUCCUAGAGGGAGCCAACGGUUUAGUUUAAAGUCCCCGGAAAAACCACGUCACAGCACUCUGUCCAGAGAGAGCAGCACGGCUGCAGUCUCCUCACCGUCGUUUACUCUGGAGAACCCCAUAUCUGAGUCCAGGGACCUGGACACAGCAUCGACCCACACCGAGAACUUUCAAAGGCAGGACGAGGCUGCAGCCGGGGCCUCGGGAAGGGAGCUGCAGUUGGGAGAAGACGGCGGUCAAGUCGAAGAGGAGUCCAAGCCUCCUGCGGAGUCUGAUAACAAAGGAACAGGCAAAGAAGCUCCACCAAGUGACAGCAGCUCGGAACUGAACGAGUCCCAUGAUUCAGUGAGCUUGGAGCUGCAGCUGUCUGCGGUGGACAACGGGCCGCUGCACAUCGAUGAAACAGACGACAGCACAGUAACUCCAGACACUCCUAAAGCAAAUGGACUGGAGAACAGAGAAGUUUCUGGGCUCAACUCUGACGCCACGGACCAGAGCGCUCAUCACACGGAUGCUCCUCCAGAAAAACCAAAAUCUGUGGAACCAAAAAACACAGUGGUUUAAAGAUUUCACUCACUUACCAAAGGAACAGAACAGCACAGACGAGACUGAAGUCAACAGCUGCACAAAGGGAAGACAUGUGGAGGCAGCUGCACGGACGAGUCCAUCUGCGGCGUAAUGACUGAUGUACUGAUGCUCUUAGUUUUUUGUAUUUAUCUUUUACUGGAAUCAACUCUAUGCCGUCUUUAGGUAAAACAGACACGUACCGUCUUAAUUAUCCUUUCAAAAUAAACCCCACCCAGUGUCCAGCGUGGGUUAACAUUAAUGCACUAUGUCGGUUUACCGUGUUAGAAAAUGAACUGGCUGACUGCAGCUCACUGGGCUGAGCUACAGUUCACUCCCAUGUUGCCACUGGCUGAAAAGACUGAAACUCUUUUUCUUUUUUUUUUUUUUUUUUUUUACUUUUUUGAAUUUUAAUGCUUUGAUGGCACGGAUUGAGAUUUGUGUUUUUAACUUCAAUUAUUUGUAAUUGUGCGUGAUUCUUUCUUCUUACAAAUCGAAGUGUUCACGUUGAAGAAGCAUCUCAUUGCAGUAAUCAUGGAAAAUUACCCUGAACUUGAAUAUAAUUGGUUUAAUUUUAACGAUUUGAUGAAUGUGCACAUUCAAGGAUAACGUGCAUAUGAAGUACUGAGGAAAAUGUACACAUAAGUACUGUAAAAUAAAACUGUGUCAAUAAG